GUGAAACGUUCGAUAUAAAAACGGUGUGUAAGCCGAGAAUGGCGCAGCUCUGUGUCUCACACACAUACGCACAGGCACAGCUGAGGCAGACGCACGCGCGCGAAAAAGGAUCGAGAGAAACCCGCUUGUUCUUCGUCAUGGGCGGCGCGGACGCAACCACGUUGCACGUCGCGGUUCACGCCCUAGCGAGCUCGCUGCAGCCGCAGGUGGCCACCGUCUUCUUCGUCUCCGCCGCGUGCACGGUGGUCCUCGCGCUUCUCCUGGCGUCGCUGCGGCUGCGGCCGCCGUGGUGGUGCGCGUGCCCGGUGUGUGAGGCGUACGUGACGGCGUCGUGGGCGCGCGAGUUCGACAACCUCUGCGACUGGUACGCGCACCUGCUGCGCCGCGCGCCGGGGCGAACCGUGCACGUGCACGUGCUCGGCAACGUGCUCACCGCCAACCCUGCCACCGUCGACCACAUGCUGCGCUGCCGCUUCGACAACUAUCCCAAGGGUGCUCCCUUCUCGGCCAUCCUCGCCGACUUCCUCGGCCGCGGCAUAUUCAACGUCGACGGCGACGCCUGGCUCUUCCAGCGCAAGCUCGCCGCGGCUGAGCUCGCGUCGCCGGCGAUACGAGCCUUCGCGGGGAACGUCGUGGCCUCCGAGCUGAGGUGCCGCCUUGUUCCUCUGCUUCACUCUGCCUCCAGCGACGGCAGCGAGAGGCUGCUGGAUCUUCAGGACGUCUUCCGCCGCUUCGCGUUCGACUGCAUAUGCAAGAUCUCCUUCGGCCUCGACCCCGGUUGCCUCGAGCUCUCGCUGCCGAUAUCGGCGUUCGCGGACGCGUUCGACACGGCGUCGAUGCUCUCGGCUCGGCGCGCCACGGUGCCCAUGCAUGUUGUCUGGAAGUUGAAGCGGUUACUCAACAUCGGGGAGGAGCGGGAGCUCCGCGAUGCGAUCCAUCUCGUUGACGCGCUUGCCGCCGAGGUCAUUCGGCAACGGCGCAAGCUCGGCUCCGCCGCCUCCGGCUACGACCUCCUGUCGCGCUUCAUGGGCUCCAUCAACGACGACAAGUACCUCCGCGACAUCGUCGUGAGCUUCAUGCUUGCCGGCCGCGACACGGUCGCCUCAGCUCUGACCGCGUUCUUCUUGCUCCUCUCGGACCAUCCCGAGGUGGCUGCAGCAAUCCGUGACGAAGUCUUCCGCGUCGCCGGAGGAAGAGACCCCAUCGCCGCCUCCUUCGAAUUCGACAAGCUCAAGGACAUGCACUACGUGCACGCGGCGCUGUACGAGAGCAUGCGUCUAUUCCCGCCGGUGCAGUUCGACUCCAAGUUCGCCGCCGGCGAGGACACGCUCCCGGACGGCACGUUCGUGGCCAAGGGCACACGGGUGACCUACCACGCGUACGCCAUGGGCCGGAUGGAGUCCGUCUGGGGCCCCGACUGCGCCGCGUUCAGACCGGAACGGUGGCUCAGCGGCGGCCAGUUCGUGCCGGAGAGCCCGUACCACUACCCGGUCUUCCAGGGCGGCGUGCGGGUCUGCAUAGGCAAGGAUCUCGCCAUCAUGGAGAUGAAGGCCGUCAUCGUCGCCGUCGUCCUUAGCUUCGACGUGGAGGCGGUCGACCGGAGCUCGCGUCGGCCCAAGUUCGCGCCCGGGCUCACCGCCACGUUCGCCGGGGGCGUCCCGGUCAGAGUGCGCCGGCGAGCGCGCGCGAGCGGGCACUGCGCGCCAAGCUAGCUCAAUCAAAUACGUCGCGUCGCCACGCGCGAGCGAUCUAUUCGUUUUUUUUUUCUUCUCUUCUUCUUCUUUGAAACGGGAAACAUUAGUCUAUGUCAGCAUGCCCAUGGAAAGCUGCACUGAUCUAUGUGUCACUCGAGUCAACAGUCACCACUCAAUUUGGCAAGUGCGCUGGGUUCUUAUCCUCCACUCAAGAUUCCUUCGUAGACCAUAAUUAAAGAUUUUUCGAUCACACAGAAGAUGUACAAUAACACA